CACACAACCACGGUCUUACUUAGCAUACUCUUUCGACAAAUUUAAAUAAGAACAAUCAAAUCAUUUAAAUUAAAUUGCAUGUUUUUUUUCUUAAAUCAAGUGGUUGAAACAAAAAUAAAAUCAAUUUUCUUCAAACAUUUAUAGUUAAGAUUAAACAAAGUGUCAGUUCGGUCCCACUCUUACUCUCAACGUACUAUCACCGUUCAAAUAAAUUCAAAAAAAGCGUCGACGAUCAAAGCUCAUUCGCAAUUAUUUCAUCGCUAAAUUUAAUUAGAUUUCAUUAAACUUUGCACGUAUUUUGUUCGCAUUGAAGAUGUCCGCACGCCUAAUCAUUCUGUUGACGGUGGCUUUUGUAAUGAUUUUGAAUGCCCAUGUUGUUGUGGCGCAUCCACUAACACCAUCCGAACAAAUGCUACUAGAUUUUGAAUCAGCGCAAUUAGCCAAGAAAUUGGCAUUCCAAUUGCAACAUUCGGUAGAAGAGAAAUACCAACCAUAUGGUGGGCACAUCGAACAAAUGCCGCCAUCCGGAUAUAUUGAGAAUUAUGAAAAGCCCGUUGACAAUAUUAACGAUAUAAACAAUAAUCUAAACGAACCAUUUAAAUCAGCUGAACAAAGUCCAGCAGAACCAUUACCUAAUGCAGAACGACUUGUUGCCGAUGAUAAGACAAUAAUGUACAAGAAAAAUGGCAAAAACUACCAUAUGACAAUUUGUCACUUUAAAAUUUGUAACAUGGGACGCAAACGAGAUACACACAAUCAAAUGUACUAAAAAUUGUGAACUGUCGUUCAAAUUUUUUCUCCAUUCUAUGGCUAUUGCCAAAAUGAUGAAAAAAAAACACAAACAAUGGCAACUCAUUCGAAAAUGCAUUAUCGCCAUCAUAGUUAUGACAACAAAAAACACACAAAUCUAUUUAACUUUCGAUGUAAAUUAUAUCUGUUUAAAAUGAUCACGUGCAAAUUACACAAUCCCGGUGUUGGAAAUCAACUGCUCGUUGAUGAAAGAACCAUUUUUAUGACAAUUAAAUAAUAAUCAAUUUAUUUGGCGAUAAUGUUCACAGGCACAUUUUGUAAUUGUUGAAAAAAUUUAUAAAAAAAAAAAUGUAUUUAUAUUUUACGUUAA